AUGACUGCUGGCAGUUUAGUUCCAUUGGAAAUGGAAGCACAACUAUCUCCCAGGGUUAUUCGAAUACUAGGUGGCAAUCCCGGUAUGAUGACUCUUCAGGGCACAAACUCUUAUAUUAUAGGGACAGGCAAAAAACGGAUACUGGUAGAUACUUCAGAACCUGAAAUACCUCUUUAUACUGAUAAAUUAAAAGAAGUUUUGCUCAAGAAUGACAUUGGCUUACAAGAAAUUCUCUUGACUCAUCAUCAUGGAGAUCAUGUUGGAGCCAUUGCCGCUGUUAUAAAUGACGUUCUGGGUGGCGAAAGAAUACCAAUCAAGAAGUUACCGUUCAAGGACAAUAGGAAAGAAGACGUUAUAAAUGAUAAUAGCUUGCAUUACCAAUAUUUAGAAGAUGGUGAAAUCAUUAAGACUGAUGGAGCAACACUUAAAGUUAUACAUACACCAGGACACUGUUGCGAUCAUAUGGCAAUAUAUCUUCAAGAGGAUGAAGCUAUAUUAAGUGGCGAUUGCAUUUUAGGACAGGGAACAACGGUAUUCGACGAUUUAUACGAAUUGAUACAAUCGUUAAAAUUAUUAUUAAAUUAUCCUUGCAAAAUCAUAUACCCGGGCCAUGGACCAAUUAUCAAGGACGCCCAUUCCAAGAUCAGGGAAUAUAUUUCUCAUCGGAAAGAAAGAGAAGACCAAAUUCUUAAUGUUAUGAGAAGCCUGAGUGGUAAACUUGCUUCUUCAAUGGAAUUGACAAAAAUCGUAUACAAGGAUAUUCCGGAAUCAUAUUUAUUAGCAGCGGAAAACAACCUUGUUCUUACUUUGAAAAAGUUAUUAAUUGAAAACAAAGUCGCUAAAGUUGGUGAUGAUGACCUUGGCGAAAUAAAAUGGGAACUACGCAAAUUUUAA